CACAAAUAACAAGAAUAAGCAAUCUCAAAAUGAUCAAUACAGUGGUUAUAUUGGCAUCAAUUCUCAUUCAGGUCACAGGCUCUCAGCCACCUCACAAUGACAACACCACCUUCUUCUCCCCAUCGCCAGAUUCUAUCCAUCUUCCCCUUUGCAUUGGCUUCUCUUCUUUUGAUUGGAUCUACACGACUUAUCCUAGAGAACUCAAAGCAGGGCCAUUCAUUACUACUAUUCCCACCUGAUGAUGCGAUAUUAUCCAUUGAAAGCGGAGAACAGAGUUCAUGGGCUGCUAAUUUUUCCGGCGGUGGAUCGGUAGUACUGGACGAGUGCAACGUAUUUGAUGGGAAAUGGGUGUUUGACAAUGCCUCCUAUCCUCUCUACACUGAUGAAAGCUGCCCCUACUUGAGCCCACAGGUGACUUGCCAGAAGAAUGGGAGACCAGAUUCUCUGUAUCAGAACUGGAUGUGGAAGCCUAGUGGAUGUGAACUCCCAAGGUUUGAUGCACUGAAGUUGCUGGAGAUUUUAAGGAAUAAAAGACUAAUGUUCAUAGGGGAUUCAAUUCAUCGAAGCCAGCACCAAUCAAUGGUCUGUCUUGUUCAAUCUGUCAUUCCUGAUGGGAAGAAAUCCAUUCACAGAAAACCUUCCAUGAAGAUUUUCAGAGCAGAGGAGUACAAUGCCUCGAUUGAGUUCUACUGGGCUCCAUUCCUUGUGGAGUCCAUUUCAGAUCAUGCCACGAAACACAGCGUGCAAGAGAGAUUAGUCAAGCUUGACUCCAUUGCCAAACACAGCAGACAUUGGGAGGGAGCAGAUGUGCUAGUGUUCGAAAGCUAUGUAUGGUGGAUGUACAAGCCCAUCAUCAACGCUACAAAUGGUUUUGACUCUGAUAUCCAAGAGUAUAAUGUUACUACUGCAUAUAGAUUAGCACUAAGAACUUGGGCAAGCUGGUUAGAAUCCAGCAUUGAUACUCGUAAGCAAAGGGUCUUCUUUAUGAGUUUGUCGCCGACACAUUUAUGGAAUUGGGAGUGGAAAACUGGAGGGCUUGGAAACUGUUUCAAUGAGUCUUAUCCCAUCCAAGGUCCAUAUUGGGGAACUGGCUCAAGUCAUGAAAUUAUGGGAAUAUUGCAUGAUGUCUUACGGGAAUUGAAGGUGGAAGUGACCUUCCUAAAUAUCACCCAAUUGUCAGAGUUUCGGAAGGAUGGACAUACAUCGGUGUACACCGAACGAAGAGGAAAGCUAUUGACAAGUGAAGAAAGAGCUAAUCCAAAUACUUAUGCUGAUUGCAUCCACUGGUGUUUGCCUGGAGUUCCUGAUACAUGGAAUCAGAUAUUGUAUGCACACUUGUUAGCUGAUUAUGGUUUCCUUCAAAUGUCAAUAUAACUCUAAAGAAAAUUACAGAGGCUUUGUAAAUCAAUAAGAGGAUUGUUUUUAACGAAUACGCUUGAUUUUACAUUUCUUGACCAA